UGUAUUUCUUUACAUUUUGUCAGCUUUCAACGAUCCUUCCAUUCGAGAUUACAGCCAUCUCCUUCCUCUCUUAAUAACACCGACACCAAACUUUCUUUCUCUCUGCAAUUCUUGUCGCAAUACAAGGGAGGCUAAGAAUGGCUAAGAAUCCUGCUCCAGGUGGUUCUGAAGAUGUUCCCUCAGAUACGCAAGGAGGGUACCAGGAUAAAAAUCUGGUUGUUUGCUUUGGGGAAAUGUUGAUUGACUUUGUGCCAACAGUUGCCGGAGUUUCACUUGCUGAAGCAACUGCUUUCAAGAAGGCUCCUGGUGGUGCUCCUGCUAAUGUGGCUGUUGGCAUUUCAAGACUGGGUGGUUCAUCAGCUUUUAUAGGCAAGGUAGGUGAUGAUGAUUUUGGGCACAUGUUGGCCGGCAUUUUAAAACAGAACAAUGUUGACAAUUCAGGCAUGCGGUUUGACCACAAUGCAAGGACUGCUCUGGCUUUUGUUACUCUCAGAGCUGAUGGCGAGCGUGAAUUCUUAUUUUUCCGUCAUCCAAGUGCUGAUAUGCUUCUUCAUGAAUCAGAACUUGAUAUUAACCUUAUUAAGCAGGCAAGGAUCUUCCAUUUUGGUUCAAUUAGUUUGAUUGAGGAACCAUGCAGAUCAACCCAUCUUGCUGCGAUGGCCAUUGCCAGAAAGUCUGGUUGCAUCCUCUCCUAUGAUCCAAACUUGAGAUUGCCGUUGUGGCCAUCGGCAGAGGCUGCUCGGAAGGGCAUAAUGAGUAUAUGGGAUCAAGCAGAUAUUAUUAAGAUAAGUGAGGAUGAAAUUACAUUCCUGACCGGUGAUGAUGAUCAUCAUGAUGAUGAUGUGGUAUUGAAGAAGCUUUUUCAUCCUAAUCUUAAGCUUUUACUUGUAACUGAAGGGUCAGAGGGAUGUAGAUAUUACACUAAGGAAUUCAGGGGCUGCGUUGCUGGGGUUAAAGUUACAUCUGUUGACACAACUGGUGCUGGAGAUGCAUUUGUCAGUGGCAUUCUGAACAGCUUAGCUUCUGACCUAAAUCUUAUCCAGGAUGAGAAGCGGUUACGAGAAGCUCUAGCUUUUGCCAAUGCCUGUGGUGCCCUCACGGUGACGGAGAGGGGAGCCAUUCCUGCCCUACCCACCAAAGAAGCUGUUCUCCAAUUCUUGUCAAAGGUCGCUACUGCAUGAUAAAUCUUGAGGCAGAAAUUCUAGUUCAUGUACUUUCUAGUGUUAAGCUACUGUAAUGAGUUUCCUUGCCAAGGGUAACCAAGAGCUUUUUGCUCCUUUUCAUUGUCAACUGCAUUACUUGCUAUGGAAUUGUUUCCAUUUACCUCACAAUCUCUGGGUUGACUCGUUGCACUUGAGAGCAUAUACCCAAGUGUGUUCUGAAUGUAAGAGUUACCAAUAAAUUGAGAGAUGUAAUUUUAGUCACAGAAAGAAGAAAGAAGUGGUUUUGUUAGAAUCA